AUGAUGAAUAAUUUGAAGAAUUUGUAAACAUAUUAAAAGAUAAAAAAAUAUUAAAUCACAAAAUAUUAAAUAACUUAAAGAUUUUUGGGUUAAAAAAAUGAAGAGAAAAGUUAAUAAUUUAAUAAAACAUUCAGAAUGUUUAAGUAUAUUUUUAUUAUUUAUAAUGAAUACUUUUUGAAAUAAUAAUAUGUAUCUUAUAUUUAAAAUGUAAGAAUAACAAAUACUAGAUGGCAUCUAAAUUUUAUUAAUAUAAUUUACUUCGAGCACUUAGAGAACCUGAAAAUUUUAAGUACAUUAAAGAAAUUUGA